UCUUCAAGAUGGCGAAUGAUCGAGUUUAUUCAACUCAAAAUACAACAUAUUUAGCGAGUGGAACUAGUUUUUCGUCGCCAACAAGACCAUUUAUCGGUGGUUAUGAUGUUGAAUUUGUUUCUGCCAUUCCUCCGGAUUACAUAUGUCCUAUAUGUCAACUAGUUUGCCGGGAUCCAGUGCAAACCGCUGAAUGUGGUCAUCGAUUUUGUGAGAGCUGUUUGGAGCCGAUUCUGAGAAAAAAUGGUUCGUUUUGUCCGCUAGAUAGGAGAGCAUUGACUAGAGAAAAGGUUUAUGCUGAUAGAGCUUGCAAGAGAACGAUUAACACUCUUGAAGUAAAAUGUCAGAACUAUGGUAAAGAAUGUGAAUGGUCUGGAGAAUUGGCAAACCUACCAACUCAUCUAGAUGUGUGUAAACAUUCUCCAAUAACAUGUGUCAAUAAAUGUGGCAGAAAUGAUAUCCCUCGUGAUCAGAUGAAUAGUCAUACUGAUGUUGAUGGUGAUUGUCCACUUGCAAUUGUACCCUGUAAAUAUGGUGACAUUGGUUGCAAAUUUAAGACACGACGUAACGAACUUGAGCAGCAUUUGGAAGAUUCCGUCCAGGCUCAUCUUGAUUUGGCUCAUGUGCGCAUUAGAGAAUUGGAAACUAGACAAGAACAGAUUUGCAUUGGAGGUCGCUUUUUGUGGAAAAUAUCAAACUACAAUCAACUUUGCCAACAAUCUGCCACGCGGAAGGAAAAAGAAAAAUUAUGCAGUCCACCGUUUUACACCGGAGAAUAUGGCUACAAAUUACGUGCGGAGGCCUUUCUAAAUGGCUUGGGUCAAGGAAAAGGAUCUCAUCUUUCACUUUAUGUUGUGAUUUUGAAGGGCGAUCACGAUGCUAUACUACAGUGGCCUUUUAAACAGAAAGUAGAUUUUGUCCUUGUUGACCAGGAUAAUGAAUCAAGUAAUCGUCAAAACAAAGUUUGGAGAUUACAAUGUGAUCGGAACAGUGAUUAUUUUCAAAGACCGAAUAAGAUGAAAAGUCUUGGAUUUGGUUGUCCAAAAUUUGUUUCCCUUGAAACACUAACGACAAGAAACUAUAUUAAAGACAAUACGAUAUUCAUCAGAAUUGAUGUCGAGCCAUUUGAUCCAUUUGCUUAGCCAAUUACUGCACGUGGGAUAUAAACACUGAAAUGUAAAUAUUGCAGUGGUAAUUACUGUAAAAAGUCCUCAUUUAGGAUUGUUAUCAAAUGACAUAUAAAUGACUAUUAAUCCUGCAUCUCGAUCCAGUAGACUGGUUCGGAAGUCUGUUAACAAUAUGUAAUAACCAAGUGGGUCCAGCUCACGUUUACGAACAUCUUUUGCACCAAAAUCGACGGUAAUUAACUUAUUAUAAAGUUACCCGAUGCUGGUUGGUCGAGAGAAGUACAGUUAUUUUCUUAAUUGCACUUCUAUUCAUUCCACCAUUACCAUAAGUGAUUGUGCAUUGCGAUUAAUGAAAUAUUAAAAAAGGGUCUGGCAAGACUGUUUUGACCAAAAACUAUCAUGCUUGCAUUCAAAAUUAUGUUCUAAAAGAUCGUGGUAAACGCUACAAAGGCUUAUCGACCUAAAGGCUGUUUUCCAGUUACACGUUUUUCAUACGCACGUAUAUACACGCACGUAAAAGUCUAAAUCAUUAUAAGACGUUAUCUUUGAAAAAACUAAGUAAAUAAAUCGAAAGAACUUAGUUUUCCGCAUAAUUUAGUAUGCAUUUGAAGACCCAGAUGUUUAAUAAUGAAAAUUUCGAAGCAUUUAAAAUUUUCCGUGCGUGUACGUGCGUAUAAAAACGAGUAACUGGAA